GAAAGGCAUGAAGACUCAACUGCGGGUGUAACCAGCGAGCCCAGAGAGCAUUAUGGGGCCCACAGUGCUUUGCUUGCUGUUCUUGGCUUCUGUUGGUGCGUCGGAGUUGGAAGAACACUUUGAUCCAGCAAAGUGCCGCUAUGCUUUGGGGAUGCAAGACCGUACCAUCACGGACGAUGCCCUCUCAGCCUCCAGUGCGUGGUCUGACUCGACUGCCGCAAAACACAGCAGGCUGGGGUUGAGUGAGGGGGAUGGGGCCUGGUGCCCAGCUGGUCCUGUCUACCCUAACGAUGCUGAGUACCUGGAGAUCGACCUGCGUCAGCUGCACUUCCUGACCUUGGUGGGGACGCAGGGCCGUCACGCGAGUGGCCACGGCAAGGAGUUUGCUCGCACGUACCGGCUCCACUACAGCCGCGACGGGCACCGCUGGAUGCCCUGGCGUGACCGGUGGGGCAACGAGGUGAUUUCAGGUAAUGAAAAUACAGAGGACGUGGUCCUGAAAGAUCUGGGGCCACCGAUCAUUGCUCGCUAUGUCCGCUUCUACCCGCGUGCCGACCGUGUCAUGAGCGUCUGCCUGCGCGUAGAGCUGUACGGCUGUGUCUGGAGAGAUGGUCUUCAGUCUUACACAGCUCCUCUAGGCCAGGUUAUGCCUCUCGUCCCAGAACCGGCCUACCUAAAUGACUCCACUUAUGAUGGCCACAGCGUCAGCAAGUUGCACUUUGGGGGCCUCGGUCAGUUGACUGAUGGAGUAGUGGGCCUGGACGAUUUUACCCAGACCAAGGAGUUGCGUGUCUGGCCAGGGUACGACUACGUGGGAUGGAAGAACAGCUCGUUCCCCAACGGCUUCAUUGAGAUGGAGUUUGAAUUUGACCGCCUCAGAGCCUUCACGUACAUGAAGGUUCACUGUAACAACAUGCACACACGCGGCGUCACUGUCUUCCGGCAAGUGGACUGUCUAUUCAAGCGCAGCCUGGCCACGGCCUGGGAGCCCACGCCUAUCUCCCACCCAGUGACUUUGGACGUCAGGGACCCCAGCGCCCGCUCCCUCACCGUGCCCCUGGAUGGACGGCUUGCCUUGUUCAUUCAGUGCCAUUUUCACUUUGCCGGCGAGUGGAUGCUGUUCAGCGAAAUAGCCUUUCUCUCCGACAUUGUGGAUGAUCUCCCUCUUUCGGCCGUGAGUCGCAGGCCUCCGGUUGCAGCCCCUCCUCGUCCCUCUGGCCAUGACGCUCCCAUCUCCCCAGCCCUGGUUUCCAUCCUGAACGAAAAAGCUGGCUCCAGCUCAAACGUCACAAUCCCAGACCAGGAGAAUCCAGGGGAACCGAAAUCAAGCCUGCCAAUUGCAAAGGACGAUAACAGCAACACCUCCAUUCUGAUUGGAUGCCUGGUGGCCAUCAUCCUACUCCUGUUGGUUGUCAUAUUCCUCAUCCUCUGGCGGCAGUAUUGGCAAAAGCUCUUGGGGAAGGCUCAGCGCCGAAUCUCGGAUGACGACCUCACUGUCCGGCUCUCUGCGCCCAGUGACACGAUCGUUAUCAACAACACAAUGGGUUCUCACCGGCACUCCAACCGCUAUGAGCGCAUCCACUCGGGGGACACGGAGUACCAGGAGCCCAACCGGGCUCGCAUGAAACUGCCAGACCUGCCCCACAGUACAGAGAACUCUGCUCUGCUGCUCAGCAACCCGGCUUACCACCUCUUCCUGGCCACUUAUGCCCAGCCAAUGGGAAGGCCCGCUUUCCCGCCACCCAACCGGGUUAAACCCAUCAACACCAAUGCGUGCGGGGCUGACUACAUGGAACCGGAAGCCACCGGUUGCCCGCCCGGCUUCCAGAACAACGUGCCGCAUUACGCCGAAGCCGACAUCAUCAACCUGCAGGGGGUGACCGGCGGGAACACGUACGCGGUGCCGGCUAUCGCGGUAGACGCCCUCGCCGGCAAGGACAUGGCGCUGGGCGAGUUCCCUCGGGAGCGGCUCCUCUUCAGGGAGAAGCUGGGAGAAGGGCAGUUUGGGGAGGUUCACUUGUGCGAAGUGGAGAACCCCCAGGACCUGCCGAGCUUGGAGUUCCCAUUUAAUGUGCGCAAAGGGCGCCCUCUGCUGGUGGCUGUGAAGAUUCUACGCUCGGACGCCACUAAGAACGCUAGGAACGACUUCCUGAAGGAGGUGAAGAUUAUGUCUCGCUUGAAGGACCUCAACAUUGUAAGGCUGCUGGGCGUAUGCGUGAGGGACGACCCCCUGUGCAUGAUCACGGAGUACAUGGAGAACGGUGACCUCAACCAGUUCCUCAGUGGCCACGAGCUGGAAGAUAAGAUGGGCGGGAGCCCAAGCGGGAAGCCGACCAUCAGCUACCCAACUCUGGUCCAUAUAGGGGCCCAGAUCGCUUCAGGAAUGGCCUUCCUUGCUUCCCUCAACUUUGUGCACCGGGACCUGGCGACGCGAAACUGCCUGGUAGGCGAAGGGUUUACCAUCAAGAUUGCUGACUUCGGCAUGAGCCGGAACCUCUACGCCGGGGACUAUUACCGCAUCCAGGGGCGGGCGGUGCUGCCUAUCCGCUGGAUGGCCUGGGAAUGCAUCCUCAUGGGGAAAUUCACCACAGCCAGCGACGUCUGGGCAUUUGGUGUCACGCUGUGGGAGGUGCUUAUGCUGUGCCAAGAGCAGCCCUACAGCCAACUCACCGACGAGGCCGUCAUUGAGAAUGCUGGCGAAUUCUUCCGGCACCAGGGCAAGCAGGUAUAUCUCUCCCGUCCUCCUGCCUGCCCUUUGGCUGUGUACGAAAUGAUGCUGAGAUGCUGGGUGCAGGAGGCCAAGGAUCGUCCGUCUUUCCAGCACUUGCACCGUUUCCUGGCUGAGGAUGCCCUCAAUAUGGUGUGAGCCAGGCUGCUGGUGGGCAGAAGAGGCGACAUUCAGGAGUUGGGCAGUGCCCCAGAGACCUUUGAGGGGCAAAGU